GUGACCUUUGUCUCGUGCAAGAUGGAGUCUGAAUCAUUACCACUCCCUACCAUGUCUGUCCUCCAGGAUCUCCCUGAAAAUGUGGCCCAGCUCUUGUCUGUCUCGAAAAUUCUGCUCUCGCAGGCCGUCGAUGUCCUCGACAAUCACCUCAUGUCGGAUGAGCAGCUGACCGUCAAUUCUCAAUACUUGCAUGGCUCAACAAUAGGAAAACAUAUUCGACACGCGAGAGAUCAUUUUGAGCUACUCCUCGCAUGCAUUGCGACACCUCCUCCAUAUGUCCUCUGCUAUGACACAAGGAGCCGCAAUACCCCCAUGGAAAGCAGUCGCUCAGCAGCAAGGGAGUCUCUGCUAGAAACUAUUCGUCUUCUGGAAGAAAAAGUGCCCACUGUCGAUUUUCAGGCCCCAAUAACGCUCAAUGCCGUUACCCCACACAUGCAGACCUUUGAAACGACAUUCGGAAGAGAGCUAUGGUUUGCAGGGCUGCACUGCAUUCAUCACUGGUCAGUAGUCAGGGUGAUGGCAGGAGAGCUGGGUAUCAAAUUAUCAGAUGAUUUUGGCUUUGCCCCUUCGACCCUUCUUUACCAAGACCGCGUGGCGCCUCUAGGCGUGGCCAAGUAUUAGAUUGUUUCUACACGUUUUUCUUUCGCUUUCUUGUUCUGUUGCAGCUGUAUAUGAGUAAUAAAAUUCCGG